AUGUUGUGGACUGCAAGUCUCUGCCUCCUCUGGGCCUCGUCCAUCCUUGGAGCUCCGGUAAACAAACAGAGACAGAAGGUGCUGCUGAUCUCCUUUGAUGGUUUCCGAUGGGAUUACGACCGGGAUGUGGACACACCAAACCUCGACAAAAUGGCCAAGGAUGGAGUCAAAGCCCUGUAUGUCACACCUCCUUACCUCACUGUCACCAGUUCUACACACUUCACCCUCUUGACAGGCCGCUACAUUGAGAACCACGGGGUAAUCCACAACAUGUGGUUCAACACAACCACCACUGAGAAGAAGCCUUACUAUCAGACUCAGUUUGUGAAUGAGUGGUGGGAUAAUGGGACUCUGCCUAUCUGGAUCACAGCGCAGAGACAGGGCCUAAAAGCUGGCUCUCUUCACUUUCCUGGCACUGCUUCCAGUUACCAGGGACAGGUUGCUAUGGUGCGGGAAGUGGAGCCACUGCUUUACAACUACAAGAACGAGACCUUUUGGAGGGAAAACACAGACAAGGUGAUGGGCUGGUUCAGAGAUCAGGAUCUGGACUUUGUAUCCCUGUACUUUGGUGAGCCAGAUGGCACAGGCCACAAAUACGGCCCAGACUCCCCAGAGCGUCGGGAGAUGGUCAAGCAAGUGGAUCGAACAGUGGGCUACAUUCGACAAUCAGCUGAAAAGCACGGGCUAAACGACCACCUGAACAUCAUCAUCACAGCAGACCACGGCAUGACCACUGUGUACCGCAAUGGUCUGGUGGAGGAGAUCACCCUGUCCAAGAUCCCGGGAUUCUCGUUCAGUGACCUGUCCUUCCACCUGGUGGACUAUGGUCCUUCUGGGAUGCUGUUGCCAAAGCCGGGCAAGCUGGAGAAGGUUUACAAUGCCUUGAAGGGGGCCCAUCCACACCUCUAUGUGUACAAGAAGGAGGAGAUGCCAGAGCGCCUCCACUUCGCCAAAAAUGAUCGUAUCCUCCCCAUCAUUUUAUGGGCCGACCCUGGAUAUGUGAUCAACGGGUAUAUUCCAGUUCAGUUCAACAAGGGUGAGCACGGCUUUGACAACCAAGAAAUGGACAUGAAGCCCUUCUUCAGGGCAGUGGGUCCAGCAUUUCAUAAAAACCUGGAGGUGGGACCCUUUGAGACAGUGAACAUCUACCCCUUGAUGUGUCACAUCCUGGGCAUCCAGCCGGAGGUCAACGACGGCCACCUGAAUGCCACCAAACACAUGCUGGUUACUAGCGCUAUUACUCCGGGUGAAGGUUUAAAUCUGCAAAAUGUCUUUAUUGGACUGGCUGCAGUGGCUGGAUUUCUUGUUGUAGUUUUUAUAGUGAUGACAUCCCACAAAAUACUCAAGAAAAAACACAAAAGAUCAGGAAGUUCAAAACAUAUUCCAGAAGGGGAAAAAGCAAAACAAACUUCAUUUUGAUUAUCACAGAGAAAAGCAGAAAGCUUCAGUCUGAGAAACAGCUGCCUGUGGACAGUCCUUCUGACUCAUUCUGCUUUAUUCCAUGUGGGGAAAUGCACUCUGUGAAUUGCACAAGGAACCAAAGAGUUGUUCAAAACCGUUUUGCAAAUUAUUAUUUUUGUUGAAAACUGUGCAAUUCAAAUGAAC